CUUAACAUAUCUAUGAUAGAUACUGGAUUGUAUAAGAGACAGUUGGCUCAGGUUAAGUUUUGUUUCUGUUGAAAAACAAGAGCAGCUAGGAGCGUUUCUUAGAGCCCUGCCCUCACUGGCAUGGCAGUACAUAUAAGACUUCAAAACCCUGCAGAGCCUUUUACUGGCUUCGCUUUUUCCUCAAUCCACAUAGGCUACAGGGUGGAAGAAUCACACUUGCUUGGUAGAUUAAACCUCACAAAAUGGCAAACAGAAAUCAACCUGCAAAUGAUGAUGUCUUCCAUGUGAGAAUAAAUGAACGCAGAAAAAUAGAAUUCAGUCAUGAACGACACAUAAGUAUAGAAGAUCUGAGUGUCAAGCUUCCGAAGAAUGAUUCACUACUCUGUGAAUUACACAAACUUGGCAAAAAAGACAUUAAAAUUCUUCAGUAUCUGUCAAAAAAAGACAUAAAAUAUCCAACCCCCGUUGAAUUUCACAUCUCAGAGUUGACUCAUGUCACUAAUAAUGAAAACCGUGAGAAAAUCUUGGAGUCAGAAGGAUUCAAGGCUCAUGGUGAUGAGUAUAAGUUCUCGUGGUGGAGCCUGAAGAUUGAUGAAAAGAGUAUAACAGAAGCUGAGGAGCGUUAUCUAGAGAUGAAGUUUAAAAACAGAACCCAAGAACAAAUAGAUAGGCAGGAGUCAUUCCUGAGUAAAUUCACUACAUCACCUGCAUUCCAUAUUAAGAAAUCACGAUAUGGCAACUUUCGUUUCACGUUUCCUCUGACAGAACUGAUGGAAACGUACAAGAAUCAGAUGUGUGGAGGACAAGACCCAGUUCUCAGGGAAUACAAGACCAUGUUUUACUCCCAGGAGAUCAUGUACGUUGUUCUUGUUCACAGUCCUGUGGACAAUGCGAAGUUCGAGAAAUUCCCAGUUAUUGAAUCCAACCCAUUUGUGGAAUACAGGAAUGAUACAAUUAUCUGGGGAGCACAAGCCAUUUCUGAUAACCUUGCAUUCCAAUUGCAACUGAAUAAAGAAAAAAAACUAGCAGAGAUUGAACCUGUUUCCGGACAUAUAUAUUAUGUGUGGGAUCAUGUUAGCUUAGCAUUUCAUUUCAAUGAGGUCCUACAGUUCUCCAAAGAAAGGCUUACAAAGAGUCUCACUCCAUGUGAACAAGACAACAUAAAUCUUUCAGGAAGUAACCCUUUAACCUUUGAAGAAGCUAAAAAAAUAUGUGACGAUCUAUGAAGGUCUUUAUUGGACAAUGGAAGCAAAAACAUUUUUUUCAGCUCCAUGGAGUGCAUGAAAUAGAUAUCAGCAUAUAGCUUGUAGUCAGGAAUAAAUGGAAAAGGUGACGCUGAUGUGAUUUGUUUCUUGUUCAUUUUUUUGUGUUACUUGUGGUGAGGCUAAAUAAAAGAGGGUUUUAAAUGUACUUUGAUAACAGAUUAAAUCUGGGUUUAUGAAUAUAUCUUAAAAUGGUAUUGUUCCCUCUCUAUUUUUUCUUUCUUUCUGAUUAGUGUUUUGUAAUCUUGCAUAAAUAAAAAUAAAUAGAUUGCUUUGUGAAUUAUAUUAUACAAUCAAGCUGAAUCAACAAUAAUCAAGAAUCAUUUUUAGAGAUUCUUAACCUGAGAACACUAGUUUUUUAUUUUUAUUUUUUGCUAAUCUUACGUUUGAUUAUUCUUUAUGAUUGUAUAAGCCGCCCGCAUAAGAUGUUUGUGUGCAUCUGUGUGAAUGUUUAAGAAUCUUAUAAAUUCUGUAUAGAUUAUGUAAACUGGUUUUGCAUAUGCAUAUGAUUACAAAUUACUUUUCAUGUUAAGUUAGUUAGCUCCUUGAACUCAUCAGCAACCUGUUUGCUGACUUCUGACUUUAAAAUGUCAAGAACGAUUAGUUUUAAUUAAACUCUCAAUUGAUUGCAGCUCUGACUCUUCGUUGUUCAUACUGGUCACCCUGCUGGAUCACUCCAAUAAUCUGCUCAUGUUGAUUAUAAAA